ACAGCUCUAAUAUACUGAUAAAGCUGGAAUGAUUGUUAUCGAAAAUGUAGGAGCAGAGGAAUCCUUGAGAUCCUCCACAAGAGAUAUGUUGAGAAGAGUACAGUGGGCGCUAAUGUUAAUGUUGUCUGUAGUCAUCUAUGGCUCUCAUGCACCUCUAAUAUCUAUUUGCAGAGUGGAUGGGGUAAUACCUUUCAGUUCCUCAGCAGUUGUCCUCCUUAUUGAGGUAUCAAAAUUCCUAAUAUCUUUGGCAUGUCUCCUAAUCACAGAGAGGAAACCAUUUGAUAUGUCAGUUUCAUGGAGGCUGGCUCUCCCGUAUGCAUUUCCUGCCAUUCUCUAUGGUGUCAACAAUAAUUUAGUGGUGCACAUGCAGCAUUUUAUGGACCCCAGCAGUUUCCAAGUGUUGAGUAACCUAAAGAUUGUCAGUACUGCCCUACUCUACAGCAUCUUCUUAGGUCAGAGACUUUCCAUUCGUAAAUGGCUUGCCUUGUUUUUGCUGACAGCAGCCGGGGUGUUCUACGGCUACGGCGGCAUCCAGGAUGUAGAGAAGGCUUCAGCUGCUACGCAUCUGUACAUAACUCUUCCAGGGUUACUGAUAAUGCUUCUCUAUUGCCUGAUCUCUGGAUUGUCCGCUGUUUACACUGAGAUGACACUAAAGACUCAAAAGAUCCCUCUGAACCUGCAAAACAUUUUCUUGUACUCCUUUGGCAUUGUGCUCAAUUUGUUAGGCCACUUAUCGGGAAGUCACAGCGGUGGUUUUCUAGACGGCUUCUCCAUUUGGGUUUUGGUCAUCAUCAUCAGUCAGGCUUUCAAUGGUUUGAUCAUGUCUGUUGUCAUGAAGCACAGUAGUAACAUCACCAGACUGUUCAUCAUUUCCUGCUCCAUGCUAGUGAAUGGACUUCUGUCUCACUUGCUGUUUCAGCUCCAACUUACUUUUCUUUUCUUCUUGGCUGUCAUUCUCAUUGGCCUUGCUGGUUAUUUGUUCUAUGGCAUUAGUUGAAAUUAUAAGAUACAGCUGGCAUUUAUGGCAGUACUAACCUUUACUC